AUGGCGGGCGGCGGGGCGCUAAGGGCGCUGCCCGCGCUGCUGCUGCUGCUGCUGGUGGCGGCGGGCGCGCUGGGCAAGCCCACGGCGCGGCAGGAGCGCGCUCGGGCUGGAGCCGCGCAGCACGAGGACCUGCCCGGCUUCCAGUACGACCACGAGGCCUUCCUGGGCAAGGAGGAGGCGCGGAGCUUCGACCAGCUCAGCCCGGAGGAGAGCCGGGAGCGCCUGGGGAAGAUUGUGGACAGAAUAGAUGAUGACAAAGAUGGCUAUAUCACAACAGAGGAGUUAAAAACCUGGAUUAAACGAGUGCAGAAACGCUACAUCUAUGAAAAUGUGGCCAAAGUUUGGAAAGAUUAUGAUCUAAACAAGGAUGAUAAAAUUGCCUGGGAAGAAUACAAGCAAGCCACAUAUGGUUAUUAUCUAGAAAAUCCAGAAGAAUUCCAAGAUGCAACUGAUCAGCACAGCUUUAAGAAAAUGCUGCCCAGAGAUGAAAGGCGAUUCAAAGCUGCAGACCUGGAUGGAGACUUGGCUGCCACUCGUGAGGAGUUCACUGCUUUCCUGCACCCAGAGGAGUUUGAGCACAUGAAAAACAUUGUUGUCUUAGAAACCUUAGAAGACAUAGACAAAAACGAGGAUGGUUUUGUGGAUCAAGAUGAAUACAUUGCUGAUAUGUUUGCAAAUGAGGAGGGUGGACCAGAGCCCGACUGGGUGAUUACAGAACGUGAGCAGUUCUCAGAUUUCCGUGAUCUCAACAAGGAUGGAAAGAUGGACAAAGAUGAGAUCCAGCACUGGAUCCUCCCCCAGGACUAUGACCAUGCACUUGCUGAAGCCAGGCACUUAGUCUAUGAAUCUGAUGUAGACAAGGAUCAAAAACUAACAAAAGAGGAAGUUCUAGACAACUGGAACAUGUUUGUUGGAAGUCAAGCUACCAAUUAUGGGGAGGACCUCACGAGAAACCACGAUGAGCUAUGAUUCAGUGUGCCAGCCAGUGUGCCACACAUCUUUUCUCCACCUUACUGAAAUCACUGUGUCCAUCCCCUCCAGGAGGGAAGAUGGCCAAGGGACACUCACAACUGAAUGACUUGCAUUAAUAUUAUUUUUAACAUGCCAGCUUAUUACCUCAGAAACCACGUAGAAAUAGCUUUUUUACUCCUUUCACAUGAUUAAAUACAAUCUUUAGUUAUUAGAGUUUUAUUUUUGAAAAAAUUAAGAGGGUAACUAUUCUGAAUAGGUUAGAGCUUGGCAUGGAAAAGGGACUUUUAAAAACAUUGCAAAGAUCUUUAAUAGCCAAGUAUUUUCUUCAAAUACCCACUUUUACCAUAGUGAAAUGCGCCUAGGAUUAGAACCCUAAUGUUUAAUCAGACUUAAGUUAUUUAGUUGUCUUUUCUAAUAGUUUAGAGGUGACCCUUUGAGCCUCCUGCCCGGAGAAGAGUUUGAUACCAGCUUUGUCUCCACAGAGUAGCUGUGUUGGGCGAGUGCUGCUGCAGCCCCCUGGCUCCUGCUGCAGUGUGCAAAUGCACAGGUCCCUUGUCCCCGACCCUGCAUUCCCAGGCAGGCAUGCAGAGUCCAGCCUGGCAGCUGCUCCUCCCACAGCAGGGUAAUGUACAGCUGUUUGUGGGCCCUUGGCCUGGCUGCUUCCUGGGAGGAGCUGUGCCACAUGGAGCAUAAUUUAUCUCCUGCUUUUCACACUUCACCCCAGCCCUGCUCCUGUUCGCACAGUGUGAAUGGCAGCAGCUCUGUGACGGAGAGGGAAUGAGACAUGUCAUCCCUCUGGGCCUUCUGUCUCCUCUGCCACUAAGAGGACAGAUUCUUGUGGCUGAACUUCUGGGUUUGUGUGUUUAUACCUGUAACUCUAGAGACAGCUCUCCUUCCAAAAAAGGGGGAAGUUUUCCACAUAGGUGCUUUAUUUUUUACUGUAUAAUGUGAGUUGUUACGUGUAUAUUUUUAUAUAACCAACUUCUCCAAGUUUGGUUGUUUU